GUCAUGAGCCGGAUAUAAUAGAGUAUGAGGAGGAGCUAUUUGCUACACGAAUUGAAAACAAAUUUGAAAGAAAAUGUUAAUAUGAUCUAUUAUUUAACAGCCUAGUGGCUUAUUUUCGAAGUUGAGCGCCUUUAGACCAUAAAAGAUGGCAUCAACCUUGGAAAGUUUGACUGCUGAGAUCUUACGAGGUAUGGGUGUUGGAUCACUUUCUGAAGUAGCAGCAACCUUACCGAGUGCUCUUACAACAGAUGUAAACAUCAGUGCUGCUGAAAUGGAGCUCAAAGCUGGCCGGAUAGAAGAAGCGUUUCACCAGCUGUCUCUCUCACACUCAACUCUCCUUCACCACCGAAUGGCACAGCGACUUCAUAAACCAAAUAAAAACAGGACAGAUGAUGAAGGAUACGAUAGCGAUUUGAACUCCAUCUCUAUUGACAAUGAGAAGAUGACAUUAGCCACCACCAAAAAAGAGGGUACAAUUGAUUUACUACAAAAACUCCCCUCCGAUUGGACCAUAGUACAAAUAACAUCAGCCAAUGUAGGAGAGUGCAAUCUUCGAAAAAUAGGUGAUCAUCCUCCAACACCUCGAUUAUACAUAUCCCGCUGCACUUGUGGUCCACAGCCUACAAUUGCUAUACAGACAGUGGCAGCUCCAAGAGACAAGGGUGUACGAGGGAUCUUAGAGGAGAUUGAGCUUAUUAAAGAGGAGAAUAAACUCAUUAACCGUGACUUCAGAAAGCAGGUACAGAAAUAUCAUGCCAAGCGGGAGGAGCUGAACAACAGAUUAAAGUGUGUUGUAAAGUCUAUGGAAGUAGCUUGGCUGAAACACUGGUGCUGCUUGUUGCCUGGAGGUCUGGAGCCCAGAGAUCAGCAGGUACUGAAGGACACCAUACGUCGUAUUUUAAGUAACUACAAGGGGUGUCUAACAGAAAAUCAACAGCUUCUACUGCAGUACAUGAUAAGCUGCCCAAUACCAUCAGAGAAAGCAGGGAGCAUUGAAGGAGGCUCAGGAAUAAGCCUGAGAGCUGGCAUUGCUGUCAUUCUGGGAGAGUCAGUCAGGAGUCAGAAUGUGAAGAAUUUGUAUGCAGCCAUCCAGAGUGAGGAGGCAUCACUGGAGCAGUUACGUAGAGCUCCAAGAAACCCAGUUAUACUUAUCAUUGACAAGAGUGUUGUGACAUUACCUUGGGAGAUGAUGUGGGUGAUGCAUGACCAGCCAGUGACAAGGAUGCCCAGUCUGAGGAUGCUGGUUCUUUUGUAUCAGCAUCACUCUUGUCGAGUCAAUAGUGUCCUUGUCCAAGGAGUAGAUUCAAGUAAGGGUUUCUUCCUAGUUGACCCUGACAGUAACCUACCCAGUACUCAGGAACGUGUUAAGGGUCCCCUAGCAGAGACAGGUUGGCAAGGUAUCACUGCUCGAAGACCAACACAUGAUGAGUUCAGGGAAGCUAUAUCAGCAAAUGAUUUGUUUGUAUACAUUGGUCAUGGAUCAGGGAGUCAGUACUUGCCAGGGGAACUAGUUGAGAGGUCUGAAUGUCGAGCCCUUGCUCUCCUCUAUGGAUGCUCCUCAGUCAGGCUAGCUCCAAGGGGUCGUAUACCUGACCCAUGGGGUGUUGUCCUGAAUUAUCUCAUUGCUUAUUGUCCAUGUGUUGUUGGAAUGCUGUGGGAUGUGACAGACAAAGACACAGACAACCUGACUCUGGAGAUGUUACGAGCCCUUCAAGGCAUUAAUGGGGUCCCAGGAUCCCCACUAGCAAACCCACCCUCAGACAUCCCACUGUUGGUUGCUCGAUCGCGGUCCAUUUGCCGUUGGUACCUAACGGCUGCGGCACUCACUGUGUAUGGGCUACCUCUCCACGUGGUCAAUAGUAAUAGUGAAUGAUAUUUUUACUUAUUGAUUUUAUUAUGUAUUUGGAAAUGGAUAUCUUCUGAAAGAUACUAUGGUCAUCUUUUUCACAUUCUCAGGAACUUACAGCAGGAAUGUGAAUUUGUAAAUAUUUAUGUGUAUUUUUUAUCCUUUCUAUUCUCUUCUCAUUAUUUGUAUGAAUCCACUUCUAAAAAGGGACACAAGUUUCUGUGCCAGAAAUCUGUACAAAUUUUAUGUACUGAGAUUGAUUGUAUAGUCAUAUUAAAAAAUUAUUUCAGAAAAUUAACUCUAUAAAUAUAUAUUUUAGGAACAGUAUGAAGUAAAUUUUAUAUAGUUUUAUUUUGUAUGGAAAGAAAAUAUUGAUUUUUUUCUUUACUACUGAAGGAAGCUCAUGUCAGAUAACUUUUGAAUCAUUAUUAUGGUAUAAAUUAUCUUGUGAUAAUUUCAUGUCUUGAUUGUAUAUUGGAUGAUAUGUAAGAUUAUGACAGAAUUUCCCCUGCUCAGAGAAAAAAGAAAACCAUUCUAACACCACAAAGCAAAAUUCGAUCUAUUAAGUUGAUAUGUUGUAUUAUUGGUUUAUACUGUAUUCUUAUAGAUUUACAGAAAAUGUGUUGUAUAAAAGGAGGAACUAGUAUAUCAUGAUUUUGGAGUCAAUAUAUAUAUUUUUAAAUUAGAAUUGAAAUGAUUUUCUCUCUGUGUGUUGUUAAGCACCUACACAAAUGUUCAGUUAAGUACAUGAGAAAAAGGUAGACUUAUUAUACACAUUUGUUUUUUAUUUAGUGAUUUUGUAUCAUUUUAAAAGAAACAUCUUUUGUACAUUUCUUUCCUUUGAAAAUAAAAUAUUUUAGAAAUGA